GUCUGCUGGUCGCUGUAUAUCUGUAAAUCCACAAAAGGAAACCCACGUCCAUUCUACAAUUGUCGCAAAAAAACCCUCCAAAAGAAGAUUCCCUGCUUGCCCGUUUUAAACCGAAUCAGCUGGCCUGCGUGCAUUUUUCUUCCACGGCCAUUCUAUUUUUUUUCCUCCAUCCUUCUUUUCUGUUAUUACAUUGUUCCCGCUCUGCUCAUCCAGAAUCCUUUAAAUACCCACCCGCUCCUCGUCCUCUGAAAACUCACUUUUAUUAUCUUACAAACAGCACUCUUCUCUUCCCUUAUCUUUUCUUCUUUUCUUGUUCUCACCAGUCACCUCUUUUUUAAUUUAGCUUCAAGCCUGUAAAAUAUGGUCAAGAUCUUCGCUACCGCUAUCGCCACCGCUGCGCUUCUGCAGUGCGCCUGGGCGCACAUGGGUAUCAUCAGCCCCCCUCCUCGCUCAGGCAUCGUUGGUGACCAGCUCAACAAGCCCUGCGGCGGUAGCAAUGCGCUGACCCGCAAUGUCACCACCUUCUCUGUCGACACUCUCAACAAUUUUGUUUUGCGUCCUAGCCACGGUACCGGAAACCUCAUCUUCAACUACUUUACCGACAUCACCGUGACUAAUGACUCUAUCGCUCAUCCUAUUACCGAUGUUUCCAUUCCCGCCCCUAACACCUACACGACUCCUCUGGACUUUGCCAAGGCUGGUCUCAAGAACGGACAGAGCAUCGUUGUCCAGGCUAUCUACAACGGCACUGACCAUGACGAAACUGAGCAAUACUACGUGUGCUUCGAUGUCAAGCUUUCCGCUGACGCCGACGCUGCCGAGUCAGAUAGCGCCGACGACAAGGAGUCUGAGGAUGCUGGUCUUGACUCCAAGACUGAUGACGCCAAGGACGAAUCCAAGUCGUCGUCCUCAUCCUCGGCGCCGAAAAGCGCUCUCGUCUCGACCAAGGCUGUUAUUGGCGCCGUUGCUGGCCUCCUUGUUGCUGCGUUUGCCUUCUAAUUAUGAUGCCGAUAAGAUUGGAUGUUUAGAUAACUGGUGUAUCUUUGCACGCAAUUCUCUGUUUGGCACUCUUGCUUGUUUUUUCUUUCUUUUUUAAUUAUUAUUUUUAUUCAAUUAUUCUCAACACGCAUUUACAGCAACUUUUGAUAUCAAUUUA